AUGACUGCAGAAAGAUGCAGCCGAUGCUUCCGGCAGUUCUGCUACUAUGAGGCCGAUGGGCUCCGAGAGGUUUGUAGCCAGCUCCAUGAACUUUGCAGCCAAUGGCUGAAGCCGGAGAGACACUCCAAGAAGCAGAUCCUGGACCUGGUGAUCCUGGAGCAGUUCCUGGCCAUCCUGCCACAGGAAAUGCAGUGCUGGGUCAGAGGAUGUGGGCCAGAGACCAGUUCCCAGGCAGUGGCCCUGGCCGAAGGUUUCCUCCUGAGUCAGGCAGAAGAGAAGAAGCAGGCAGAACAGAUGCAGGGACCAUCUGUGAAGGCAGAAGAUGCAUUCCCUGAGGUGGAAGGAGCUUCCUUGGAGCAAGGGCAGAGGGUGCAGGCCAAGGAGGGUGCCCAAGAUGCCCUCUCCUCGGGCAGCAGAGAGUUGAUGUUGAGCCAUCAUCUUUUCAGAGGUGUGGAUACUGCUGCUGCACCUCCAGCCCAGCAUCCAUUUUCCUUUGAGGAGGUGGCUGUGUAUUUCACAGAGGUGGAGUGGGCACUGCUGGAUCCAGACCAAAGAGCUCUCUACAGGGAAGUCAUGCUGGAGAACUCUCUGAGUGUGGCCUCUCUGGCAGAGGAUGAUCAGAGAAAUGAGGAAGGUGAGGAACAUCAGCAGCAGUUGCCAGAUAAAGUUGAAAACAAAAAUGUGAAAGGAAAUUUCUGGAAUCAGUGCACUUUUAAGAGGCAGAAAGGCAGCCAAAUGGGCAAGAAAGCAGAUGAAUCAAUUCUUUGCCACCAGUGGGAUGUCGGAGAAGUCAUUCAUACAGGGGAAGAAACAUGCAAGCGCUUGAAAUAUCAAAACCAAUGUAAUGUCUGCUUCCAAGGAAAGAAGUUCAGUUCGAGUAGCAUGCUUCAAAACCAUCACCGAGUCCACGGAGUGAAGAAACCUUUUGAAUGCCCACAGUGUAAAAAGAAAUUCAGUAAGCAUGGCACUCUUCACGUGCACCAAAGAACUGACAUGGGGGAGAAAACUUUUGAAUGCUCAGAAUGUUGGAAAAGAUUCAGUCACAGUGGCAAUCUUCAAAUAUAUCAACGAACCCACCCAGGGGAGAAACCUUUAAAGUGCUCAGAGUAUGGAGAGGAGUUCAGUCAGAGUGGCAAUCUCCAAGAGCAUCAAAGAACCCAGACAGGGGAGAAACCUUUUGAGAGCUCAGAGUGUGAAAAGAGAUCAAUUAAGAGUAGCCAUCUUAAACAACAUGGAAGAACCCACACAUGGGAAAAAGCUUUUGAAUGCUUAGAGUGUGGAAAGAGAUUCAGUAAAAGUAGCCAGCUUAAACAACAUGGAAGAACCCAUACAGGGGAGAAACCUUUUGAAUGCUCAGAGUGUGGAAAGAAAUUCUGUCUGAGUGGCACUCUUCAAAGGCAUCAGAGAACCCACACAGGGGAGAAACCUUUUGAAUGCCCAGACUGUGGAAAGAGAUUCCGCCAGCGUGGGAAUCUUCAAGAGCAUCAAAGGACCCACACAGGGGAGAAACCUUUUGAAUGUUCAGAAUGUGGAAAAAGAUUCAGUAAGAGUAGCCAUCUUAAACAACAUGAAAGAACCCACACAGGGGAGAAACCUUUUGAAUGCUCAGAAUGUGGAAAGAGAUUCUGUCAGAGUGGCACUCUUCAACAUCAUCAAGGAACCCACAAAGAGAAUAAACCGUUUGAAUGUUCAGAGUGUGGAAAGAAAUUCAGUCAGUAUGGCACACUUCAGAUGCAUCAAAGAAUCCACACAGGGGAGAAACCUUUUGAGUUCUCAGAGUGUGAAGAGAGAUUUAGUAACAGUAGGCAUCUUAAACAACAUGAAAGAAUCCACACAGGAGAGAAACCUUUUGAAUACUCAGACUGUGGACAGAAAUUCAGUCAGAGUGGCAAUUCCCAAGACCAUCAAAGAACCCACACAGGGGAGAAACCUUUUGAGUGCUCAGAGUGUGAAAAAAGAUCCACUAAGAGUAGCCAUCUUAAACAAUAUGGAAGAACUCACACAUGGGAGAAAUCUUCUGAGUGUUUAGAGUGUGGAAAGAGAUUCAGUAAGAGUAGCCAGCUUAAACAACAUGAAAGAAUCCAUACAGGUGAGAAACCUUUCAGAUGCUUAGAGUGUGGAAAGAAAUUCAGUCGGAGUAGCACUCUUCAAAGGCAUCAGAGAACCCACACAGGGGAGAAACCUUUUGAAUGCCCAGACUGUGGAAAGAGAUUCCGUCAGAGUGGAAAUCUUCAAGAGCAUCAAAGGACCCACACAGGGGAGAAACCUUUUGAAUGUUCAGAAUGUGGAAAGAAAUUCAGUAAGAGUAGCCAUCUUAAACAACAUGAAAGAACCCACACAGGGGGGAAACCUUUUGAAUGCUCAGAAUGUGGAAAGAGAUUCUGUCAGAGUGGCACUCUUCAACAACAUCAUGGAAUCCACAAAGAGGAUAAACCGUUUGAAUACUCAGAAUGUGGAAAAAAAUUCAGUCAGUAUGGCACACUUCAAAUGCAUCAAAGAACCUACACAGGGCAGAAAUCUUUUGAGUGCCCAGUGUGAAGAGAGAUUCCCUUGAAUUCCUUCACUGAGAAUUGAAAUUCAGAAUUGUGCCUCUAUAGCGGACACUGUGGAAAUUCUUUUUGCAUCUCCCUUCUUUAAUUUGGAAAAGUAUUUGCCUAAGAGUUGCUAACAUGCCUGAUUGGGGGGGAAGUUCUUCCUCUAAAUUACAUCCUGUAACGGCUCUGUUAAAGGGAGAGAACACUGUUUUCCUCUGGGAAGUUGGCAAAGUGUUCCUUUCCCAAUCAGAGGGGGGGGGGAAUUCAGCUAAGGAAGGGGUCAUAGCUAGGGAUGGGAUAAACUGGGAAAAUGUGGUUCAAUUCAUGGUUCAUGACACGCCUCAUUCGCUAGCCAUGAACCAUCAUGAUUUUUUAGCUGCCUUAUAAACUGGUUCAGUUGCAUGGUUCAUGAGAUGGUAGAACCACCCCCACCACUCCCAGCAUGCUUGGAGGGGAUCUUUGGCUCACUAUUCUCUUCCUGUCUUUCAAAUUUGGUGAGGAUUGAAUUUACUGGGUCCAAGUUACAGCCCACAAGGAAAGUGCUCUUGGGAAAUGCUUUCUGGGGAAAUGACCACCUGUAAUUACCCAAGAAAGCACUUUCCUGGAGGCACUUUCUUUGGGGGGACAAUAACUUGGGCCUCAUAAAUUCAGUCCUCACCAAACUUGGGUGGUAGGUAGAGGAGAGUAAACCAGAGAUCCCCUGUGAAAUUUGGUAUCUCUAGUUUGCCCAGGAUUAAUUCUAUACAUUCCUGAGCCCCCUGAACCUGCGCCUGCCAAAAUGACCAUUUUUUACUUCCACAGGUUCAGGAGUGUGUAGAAUGGACCCUGUGCAGUCUACAGACACCAUACAUGGGGGGCAGGUAGAGGAGUACUCAGGACAGUUCAUGUGCAAGUUUGAUGCUUCUAGUAUGCACAGGAUCCUUUCGAUACACUCCUGACCCUCCUGAACCUGUGUCUGUCAAAAUGGGUGUUAGACAGUUGCAGGUUCAGGAGUGUAUAGAAGGGAUCUUGUGCAAGCUAGAGACACUGAAGUCACCGUGGCCAUCCCACAGAUGCCCCUCUACAUACCUUCUAAGGUUUUUUUUAUAUUUUAAAAACAUUUUGAUUGAGCAGAGGCAAUGAGCAGAGACAAUUUUUCUGGUACUAUAUCCUUUGAGAAACUGGCACAAACCUACCGGAACGAUGUCAGAGUUUGUGAAAAGUUCAUACCAGGCACCCUGCUAUUACUUUGCGAACCACGAACAGGGCAAAAUUUGUGACAAACGGUUCGGUUCAUGCCCAUCCCCAAUCAUUGUUCAUUAAAGAGAUCAUUAUUUGUAUGGGGCAUGAAGCUCAAGCACCCUCAUUCCAUCAGAAGAAUUAUUGUGAAUAUUGUACGGCCUAGUUUGAGCUUACAGGUCUCUCUGGUUUCAAAGCCCAUCAACCUUAUCUCAUUCCAGGCCAAACAAUUUAUUUAUUACUUUAGAUUUCUCUCCCAUCCUCUCCGCAAGCAGACUCAGGGCAGCUAACAGUCAGUUCAAACAUCUACAAAUGCAGUUUAAAAACAAUAAAAAACAACCAAAAACAUUGUAUGGUGCUGUUCAACUUCAGUAUAGGCACGAUCUUCUGACAGUGAUCCUAUAAUGAUCAUAGUUCCUCAGCAGUGUAGGGUGGCAGUCCUCUCCCGGUUUAGAUGUUGAAGGCCUGUCGAAAUAGUUCAGUUUUGCAGGCCCUGUGGAAUUGAGAGAGAUCCCGCAGGGCCCUUAUGGCCUCCGGGAGGGCAUUCCACAUUUCUGGUGCUGCCACUGAGAAGGCCCUAGCCCGUGUGGAACACAGUCUGGCCUCCCUUGGAGUGUAGUCAUUGGGUACAUCAAGGGAACCUGUGCUUCAUUGGACAUUGUGAUGGGAGGAGGAAAGUAGGAGCAGAAGCGAACAUCUCUCAGAGGAAGCAAAGACCAGUAUUCAUUGGAAGAUUCUUGAGGAGAUGACCUUCGGUUGGCCAAGAGAGACCAC